CUAAGAUUUCUGUUAAGCAUUUUAAGUAUAAAGUAAGGGCACUCGUUAAAAUUCAGAACUUGAUAGAUCAAAAAGUUUAGAUUAUGCGUAUGUUGGAUUCUUUAAUGGUUGGUAGAUAUCUUAAACUUAUAUGCCGUAUUGUUGCAAGCACAAAUUGAAAUUUAUAAAAAUGUGUACAGGAUUAGCUACCUAUCUAUGGAACUAAUCAUAUGACAUUAAGCUUUGAAUUUUCUAAACAAUAAAAUAGCGUUAUAUUUUUGGAUCUUAUGAUAAGUUCUCCAAUAGUAGGUAUUUACAAAAGUAAAGAGUAGGUACUUAGUGAAAAAUCUGAGAAAAUAUGAACUAUAAAAAGUGUCUGUGCCCCGUGUAGUCUUGUAUUAAGUUAGAUUAACAUUUUCUGUAUCUACCUACCUAACCUGUAGAGGUACAUCAGAAAUGAAAUAUUCCUUGGAUUUCUUGAGUAGAUAGAUACCAUAACCUAUAUUCUUAAGUUAAGUAAGUGGGCAACUAAUUGCAAUAAAUUAUUGGUUUAAAAUUUAAAUAAAGAAAAAAUGUUAUUUAUAUACCUAUAUAUCUUCCUAACUAUGUUUUAUUCAUGAAUAUAACUACCUACCUACUACUUUAUAUCUUUAUUUAAUCUGUCAAAAAUCUAUAAAAUAAAUUAUUUGAUUGUAUAAUAUAGUAUAUACUAUAGUCUACCAUACUUUAUGUUUAGUGUUUACUACAAUCUGUAAUAUCAUAUAUGGUAUAUAGCAUAUUACAUAUUAUAAUAGGUUAUGGAGGGGUUAAAGGUAAAAAUACAAACUUAAAUUUAGAUUGUUAAUGGUCUGCCCACAUCAAACCCACACAUGCCUCAUUUGCUAUUGCCUCUUAUGACUUAUUGCACAUAAACAUAAUAUAUAAUGUAGACAUGUAGGUAGUUAAUAUUUUUUUUUAGUGAAUCCUGCUGUAUACUUGGGCAUAUCUGGCUAUGUUAAUAAAAAAAUUGUUGAAAAACAACACAGUUUUUUAGUAGGUAUCACAAUAAUUUUAUUUGAUUUUGAACACAUUUUUCAUGGAUCAAGAAGAAGAAAUAUCUCAAACAUCAACAUGCGAUGUUGCAGCGUCCAAGAGUCACUUGUUGGGUAAUGAACACCAUCAAAAGAAUCAAAAAUCCGUAAUUGUCGACAGACGUGUGAUCAAACAUUAUGGCCGCAGGAUGAAAUUGAACUGCAGACAUGGGUAUAAUAUUUUAAUACUUCAAAAUGGAAAAGUAUCCAGUUCUGAUGAUGAUACAGACAGCCAUUGUAUAAUGGAAUUCACAUCAAUGUCUCCUGGUCAUGUUCGUAUUAGAGGAGUCGAAGCCAAUUUGUUUUUGGCUAUGAACAAAGAUGGACUUCUUUAUGGAGAAGCUGAUCCUAAAAAUAAUUCAACAAUUUUCAUCGAACAACCAGAAGGUCCUUACAGCGCAUACCUAUCUUUGAAAUAUCAAAAAAAAAAAUGGUAUGUGGCUAUAAAAAAAAAUGGCAAAAUAAAAUUAGGUCCAACAACUAAAAGAGGACAACAUGCUACACAUUUUUUAACAAUUGUUGUAUAAGUAAUAUUCAUAAUACAUUCUUCAAUUUUUUUUAAAUACAAUUAUAAUAUUAUAGAAUAAAAUAUACCAAUAGGUACCUAUAUAUUAUAAUAUACCUAUUGGCUAUUUAUUAUAUUUUAUAGAACAUUUAUAUAUAAAUACUAUAUGAUACUGUAGUAAACUUUAAGUCAAGUUUUUUUUUGAAAUUCAUAAUAUUUAUUUUUAAGUAAAAUUUUAUUUUAUAUAGCACACAAUACAGGUAAAACAUUAUUUUAUAUAUUUAUAAUAUGAAAACAGUAUUAAACAAUAAUAGUUAUUUAUUGUGAAGAAGUCUAAGCACUUUAAAGCCAAUGCAAUAUAUGCUAAGCUAGUGUUAUAAUGUUACUACUUUAAGUAUUAUUAAACUAGUCAGUAUAUUUACUUUGUGUUGAAAGAUUCCUCAUUAA